GAAGCGUCGUCCCGGACGGUCGGUCCCAUGGCUCUUCUCUCUCGGGAGUCGCGCUAGUUGGGAACAUGGUUCUGAUGCUCCGUGUUGUCUUUGCUAUUCACUUGCUGCUCCUUCAGGAUGCAUAUCCCUGUGAAAUGUGGGAAUACUCAGUUGGAGGGGAAUGCUGCCCCAAAUGUGAUGCAGGACACCGAGUCUUGAGGCACUGCACCAUUGCUUCCGGUACGAGCUGCGUUCCCUGUAACGAUGGGUGGUAUACCGAGCACCCAAAUGGGUUGACACUGUGCUUUAAGUGCCAAGAAUGUGAUCCAGGAGCUCAUCUGCAAAUCAAGGAACCAUGCCACUAUCGGAAGAACACGGAAUGCAUCUGCCAACCAGGUUUUUUCUGUUCUCACCAACUGGAGGAACAUUCCUGUGACCUGUGUGUCAAGCGUACUAUCGCUCCUCCUGGUUUUCAGGUGCUCCAAGCUGGCACCGAAACUAGUGACACCAAAUUUGAGCCCUGUCCUCCUGGGACAUUUUCAGCAAGAGAAAUGUCACUUUCUUGCACAAAGUGGACAAAUUGCAGUAAGAAAGGCUUGAUCGAAGAACAGGCUGGCAAUGCAACUGCUGAUGCUGUGUGUGGGGUCCAUAACCCCCCUCCAAGGAACGAUGCCCUAAUUUUAGCUAUCAUCCUCCCUGCUUUGCUGAUCCUGGGUUUAAUUGUAAUAUGGAUAAAGAGAAAGUACAUAAUGAAAGCAUUUGGCAGAAAAAAGGGGGAAGAACCAGGUCACACAAAUCCAGAGAAUGAAUGUAUGGUGACGCCCAUUCAGGAGACAACCCAAAAUCCUGGACAGCCAAGCUAUGCAAGAUCUUGAGAGGUGGCAAUGUUCAGCCCUGCUACCAAGGCUAGUCACUGCUUGGGCCUUCUCUGUUUGACCUUCUGGAAGCUCCAAAUUCAUGUAGAGAAAGUGGACCAAGCUGAAUCUCAUGCAGCCUAUAAAGAUAAAGCAGAGAAGUGGAGAACGUCCCCUUCCAUGGAAGGGCAAGACAGGUAGAUUAUUCCUACCCGAAGAGGAACACUACAAAAAAUGAAGCAUUCCACAGCUUUUCUGGUUCAGGGCCAGAAAUAAAACGAAAGCCCAUCUGACCAUUGCAAAAACAAGGGGACAGAGAAAAAAACAUCUCUUUGGUGCAGAACGGGGGGCUGAUCAGCCUGUGACGUCGGGAGGAAGGCAAAAGAGAUGCAAAAGCGUUUGUAUCUGGAUCGUAGAAACGGAAUUAACUUUUCUUUUUGUACGAUGUUAUUAAGGAUAUUUUUUAAAAAAAGAAGACAAACCAAUAAAGGCGGGAUAUAAAAUAAAUAAAAAAUGAAAUGAAAUAAUAGUAAGGAAUAUAAAGCAAGGAAAAGAAAGGAAGUGAAAGCUGAAAGGGCAGGAAAAGAGAAAAAAGGAAAGAGAAAGAAAAAAGAUGCAAAGAAGUCGUUUCCAAUCUGCUUUGCAACAGUUAUUAACAGUUAUUAAUUUAUCCCUUACUCUAUGGUUACAACAUGACUCUCUUCUUUCUAUAAUUUGUCCUGUCUAAUCAUCAGAACCGUAAAUCAUAUUUUUUUCUGUUUCACGCAAAAAGGCCAUAAGGGGUUUCCAGUCAGCAGUGAAUGCAGAGAUGGUCUUUUCUCUGCUCAAUUUGUCCCUCUCAGCAAGUCCCACCAUCUUCACCCACCAUUCCUCCGUUGUAGGUAGUGCCAAACCUUUCCAUCUUUCCUCAUGCCAUAAUCUCGCUGCAGUUACCGUGUACGCAAACGGAGUUCCGUGGCUUUUUUCCCAACGGUUCCUCCCUCCCUCCCAAAAGAAAAACCUCGGCUCUCAAUUGUAUAUUGAUCUUUAGAACCCUCUGAACCAGUGUCUCUGAAUCCAAAAUUUUCCAGCGUUUUUGCAUGUCCACCAAGCAUGUAAAACGUCCCUUCUUGCUGCUCACGUGUCCAACGUAAAUCCGAAGUGCCUUUCUACAUUCUCGACAGUUUCUCUGGUGACGUAGACCAACUGGAAUCGAAAGAGACAGGGACGAAGCCGCUGUGGGUGGGGCCAGCCCCAUUUUGGGGUGGCACUGGCCCCAUUUCUCUCCCCCGUUGCUCCUCCAUUUCUUCUCCCUUCCUCUCUGCUCCUCUCCUCCCUCCAGGUUUUCAAGGAAGAUUGGACCACCAUCUGCCUGAGAUGGUCUGAGGAUUUCUGCCUUGGGUGGGGGGCUGGAUUGAAGACCUCCCAGGUCCCUUCCAACCCUGUGAUUCUGUGGUUCUGUCCCUCCUUCCUCUUCCUCCUCACUGAAUGAAUACACAGGUUCCUUGCUAGGGUUUUGGACAGAGAGUGUCAUGAGCACUGACGGCGAGCAGGAGGGGGCCUCUAUCCAGGGGGGAAAACGCAUGCGUAGCACUGAGGAAUUAAGCAGCCAUUCAAAGAGACACAGAUCAGACCCGCCUUAGCUUUUGGGGUUUAUCUGUCUGGGUUUUCUCACACUUCUUCAGUUUGUUAGGAUUCUCUGUUAUGUAGCAGCAAUAAACACUAGAGACCUGCUCCUCGGUGUGGUUCCUGACUGUUAGGACAGAGAGCUUGCUGAAGAUAAUCGGAGUGCUGUAGGUCGCUCCCAAGUCCUUCCAAAGGACCUCGUUGUUACGGCGUUGCCUUAAAGCCUGGCCUUGUUCAAAGGAAGGGACAAAAGAGCCAUCCGCCCAAUUUUGGGAUUACUAGUUUGCGAGGGCUCCGUCCUUCUGAAUCAGGGGAGAGCAGCCAGGCGGUACAGUGUGGAGCCCUGCGCUCCUGUUUGCAGAUUGAAAUGUCUGAGGUUACGAGAUGAAUAGGGAACAAUCCCACUCCUGAAUCAAAGCCUUUUCUAUCGCGUUGCAUUUUGCUUUUCCAGCUGGCCCCAUUCGCAGUUUGGUCCUGGUUCUGUGGACGAGUCGCUUCAAAGAGCGUGAAAAAAAUGGCCCGCUCUUGCUUUUCAGGAUGCGGUAGAGCCAUCUAGAGCCGUGCUUCUCAGCCUUGGCAACUUCAAGCUGUGUGGACUUCAACUCCCAGAAUUCCCCAGCCAGCUUGGUUGGCUGGGGAGUUCUGGGAGUUGAAGUCCACACGGCCUGAAGCUGCCAAGGCUGAGAAGCAUGGCUCCAGUCUGCAGGAGAACAGAGUCUGGUGCAGCUGCUGAGGAAUGGUUACCAGAAGUAUUCUGAGAGGAAUGGGCAUCUGCUAGCCCUGCACUCAGAGGGGCAUUUAUUUCUUCAUUUUUAUUUUAUCACAGUUAUCACUGCCCAUCUCCCCCCAAAGGAGGGACGCUGGGUUGGGCAAGAUGACCCCUAAGGUACCCUUGCACUGUUGGAUGUUAUCACUCCGUGCGUAGUUAUGCAAAGGCCCAUCAAGCGGGGAUGGGGAGGUUGAACUCACCCCUCAGUUCUGCACAAAAAGUGGGGUUUGCAGACGUCCUUCCGAAGCUGCAUUGCAACCAUGGGUCCUACCCUGCAUUUGGGUUUGAUUUUAAAAAAAUCUGUGUAUGUGUGCACCCAGCUGGCACCUGCACUUCUUUGUUUGUUACGGUGCAAUGCACACAAUCCUAAAACGGCCGCAACGUGUUAGAAAAGAGGACCUUCUCUCAGAUCCGCAGCAUUUCUCCUUUGCGGGGGAGAUGGGCGGUGAUAAAAAUGUGGUAAGUAAAUAAAAUGGAAUGAAAUAAAUAAAUAGAUUUCUCCCAAAGUGUCUGUGACUCAAUAUCACUCUCUCCAUGUACUGAGGAUCCAGUCCAGUGUAUGAAACUUCGUCUUCUGGGACACUAUUCCCAGCUAAACACUACGGGAUAAUGGUGAUUUAAAAGUGGCCACCUUCUUGCACCUUCCUUGUACUAUCCAAUCAUCUUCUGUUAGGAUUUUUUUUCUGAUAUUUAAAAGAGACGAAUCCCACCCAUCCUUGAAACUGGGUAAACUUUCCGAGAAUUUCCUCUCAAGUCUUGGCAGGAAAAACGUAUUCAAGAAACAGGAAUAAAGUAUCCGUCCUUUUCUGUUCCUGCAAAAAGGUCUUUCCUUUCUUUAAUUAGUAAUGUAUCAGGGAUUAUUAUUUUAAAAAAUAUACGGAUGGGGUGCUAAGACUGAGGAAGAGACAGAUGGGCAGCCUCAGAUUUGUAAAUGGUGCCCCACUCCAAGCUUCUUGUGACUGGCAAAGGUUUUCACUGGAUUGUAAAUUUGAGGAUGAACAUAAUGGGCAUCCAGUAUCUUUUUAUCUCCAUGAAGCAAUAAUACUAAUUGCGUUGAAUUAAGCGUAACUAAUGUUAAAUUGAAAUAAAGUACACGUAUGGUUU